CACUAUAUCAAAUUUUAAUAAUAUGUACUAUAUUUAAAAACAAAUUACUUACUACUUGAAAAAUGAUACAUAUAUAUCGAUGCAAGUGGUAUGAAUUUAACCUCUUUUUUUGUCUUGAUUAAGCUACUUCUAACAAUUACGUUGAAAAUUAAAUUUACACUAAAACAAGAAUCGGGGGGUUGGCGAGCGCAGCGAGCAGGGGGGCGGAGCCCCACUAGUAUAUAUAUAUAUAUAUGUAUAUAUUUGUGACCCAAAUUCGUGGCACUUCCUCGUUAGUUUUAAAAUUAUUAUUAUUGCAAUUACAUUGACGGGGAGAGAGACUGUCACGUGGUGUUUACGAUAACAUCAUGACUUCGAAAACUCCAUUACAGUGUGUGGGUAAUACUGUAAUGGCGUAUUUGGUGAAAAAACGCUAAUAAAGAGCACAGUAACAGGGAGAGUAAGCGGUCGAACCAAAGCCGCGCUAAAAAAUAACACGGUGGAUGGCCAAGUCGAAAAUAAUUUAGAAUUUCAACAAUUAGAGCCGACUAAAUUGUCAGCAUGCGAAGGUAAUUUAAUCAGUGAUAAGUACAAAAAAAUGUGAACUAUAAGUUUAAAAUAAACCAUUAUAUGAUAGUUUACAGUCUCGUUGCACUGAGUAGUAUAAGUAGUCUAUUCUUUUCUUAAUAACUAGAUAAAAGUCAAUACAAUUUUUUAUCGAUUUGAAAAAAUAAACUGCUUAUGCAGCGGUCACGCGUAACAGCGGAUUUAUGCAGUUGGUACUACGAAAUAAUGUAUUCGCGAAUUCAGUGAUCUGUUAUUUCACGUCGCUUAGAGAUUUCUUAAUGUCUUCGAUCAUUUUAUCUAGAUUUUACAAUUUAUUUACAUAAAUAUAUUUUAAUCAUUUUCAACUACCACUUUCGCUGUUUAUAAUGAUAAAUAUUUGUUAUUCUUUUACAGAUGUAUUUGUUAAAUGGUUAAGGACCAAGUACACAGAAAUCAUAAUGGCAGGAAAUAAAAAAUGGAAGAAAGACAUUAAAGCUAGUGAAGCUGAAGAAAUUAAAAGAUUUCGAACGUACGUAACGAAGAAAAUUUCUUAUUUAAUACGAUCUCCCCCGGAAAAAAGCCUCGUAAAAAAGAAGUUGACAUUGAUUCGGAAAAUGAUGAAGAACGUGACAACACUGGCCACGAUAAACAAAAAGUUAUUGAGACCGAAAAAGACGAAGAAAUGGUUGAAAAACAAAAUAAUGAAAGCGAAAUGGAAAUAGAAAAUAAUACGAAAAUUGAUAAAGAAAACGACAUUGAAAAGAAAAAUGAUAUUGAAAAAGAAAAUGACGUUGAAGUAGAAAAAUUGAAUGAGAAAACGAAUAAUGUGCUGGAGGUCGAGGGUAAUACAGAGAAUGUAUCACCUAUUUCUGAUUUGUGUGAGAACGAUUCGCUAGAUGGGUUUGAAACAUUUGAAGAGGAAGAAACUGAGGUCGUCGUCGAGAAGAAAGGAGGUAGUGACAGCGACGCUACCGUAAAAAAUUCAUCGGAAGAUGAGGCCUAGUUAUGAAACUAUAAAACUACGGUGUAUAUACAGUUUUUCGAAAAUUAUAUUUUAAUUUUAAUUUUUUAUUUAUUUUUAUAAUAAGCUAAAUAAAGCUUA